AUGGAGAGCGGUGCGGUGCGGCUGGGAGGCGACGAAGGGGUCAAGAACGAGGUUACGCACAUCUUCCGCGAGCCGAUCAUCGCAGCCAUCAAGGACAACGCCAAGCGCAAAGGCCAGCCCGCAGCCGAUGACGACGACGAAGUCGAGAUCGUUUCCGCCGGCAAGAAGCGUGCUGCCUCGCCAGGUCCCGACGGUCCCGCUCGCAAGAAGGCCAACAAGCCGCUCGUCAUCUCCUUUCCCGUCCUCAAGCUCGACCUGACCUUCCCGCCUCUCGACGGCGAGGAGGAAGGAAUCGCAGCCGCACUCGUCUCGACGAAGACUCCCGUCGGCGAGCCCAUCACCCUCACCGACAUCGUCUUCCAGCAAGCACGCGACAACGCCAAAGCCCCUCACCGCAUCUACCUUCGCCACGCCGAGACGAACGCGGCUCUCGUCGAACUUGACCCGCUCGACCCGGCGAGUCUUUCCGCACCUGGCUGGAUUGCAAUGAUCGCGCCGCCGCCUCUCACGAAGAGCGGAAAACCGUUCAAGAGGGCGUACAAUGCCAAGAAGGCGCCGCAGAACCAGCCUCGUCCCGUCGUCACGACGGGCGCCGGAGGUCUCCUCGACGCACUCGCGCUCCUCUCGCAGCCUCAUCUCGGCGACGAAGGCGUCGACGUGACGUCGAAACUCGGCAUCGAGCUCGUCCAAGGCGACUCCACUCGCGUCCUUUUCCACCUCUACCUUGAUGUCUCGAUCCGCCCCGCCCUCUUCUACACCUCCGCCUACUCCCGCUCGAAGCGCAUCCUCGUCGACCGCCUCAUCCCGGAGAGCGAUCCUCUCCAGACCAACGACGACGCCCCUCGCGAAGCCAACAUCGACUACUUCUACUCCUGUCUCCGUCGCGCACCGCGCACCGAGAAGGGUUCCCCUAUCGCUUCCGGCGCGGCGACACCCGCUGCUCCUGCCGAGACGAACGAAGAGCGCGCCGCCCGCCUCCGCCGCGAAGCGAAAGGCAAGCAGCGUGCCGUCGAGCCCGAAGACGCGCAGGCGAACGGUCUUGUUGAGGAUGGUAAAGGCAACGGACGCGAGGACGAAAUGUUCCAUCCGCCUGGCUUGACGGUUCAGCUUAUGCCGUUCCAGGCGAGGACGGUGAGGUGGAUGCUCCGGCGCGAGGGCAAGAAGAUCGCGCCGCUUGCGCCGCUCAUCGCCGAGGACUUUGAUGGCGAAGGCGAGGAUGUCGAGAUGGACGAGGUUGACGGAGAUGAGGACUUUGAGCUCGCUGCGACGUCGAAGGGGAAGGGAAAGGCGAAGGAGGUGGAGAAGCCGACCGCGAAGAAGGGCAAGGGGAAGGGGAAGAAGGCGGUCUCGCCCGCUUCCGAUUCGUCCGAGCAUCCCAUCCCGAUACUCGAGGACCUCGACGAGGCGACCGUCAGGAGCAUGAAGCGUGGACCGCUGUGGAGGAAGGUGACGCUUCGUACGCUGCCGGACGAAUCGGGCGACGCUCGGGAAAAGGAGGUCUGGCUCAACCGCGUCUCGAUGCGCUUCACCGAGUUCGAUCCGGUCGACCAGCCCGGCUUCAGCGGUACCGCCACGCCUGUCGUCAAGGAGGAGACUGAGGAUGACGGUCUCGCUCUGCCAGAGAUGGAGGUCGAUGGCGACGAGGAGAAGCCGGAACGCACUGUCUCGUCGAAGAAGGUCGUCGGUGGAGCAGAAGGUCACGGCCUUCUCGCUGAAGAAGUCGGACUCGGCAAGACGGUCGAGGCGCUCAGCCUGAUCCUCCUCCACAGCGACCCGAAGCGCCGCAAGCUACCAUCGUACUACAACCCGAUCAGCGACUCGGACGUGCGCCCGUCCGGCCUCACCCUCAUCAUCGCCCCGACGGCCAUCGUCGGCCAGUGGGAGUCCGAGAUCGCUUGCCUCACGCCUGGCCUUCGCGUUCUGCGUUAUCAGGGCAUCAUGUCGCUCAACAAGGCCUGGGACGCUGCCUACGUCGUUCGCAAGUUCGACCUCGUCUUGACGACGUUUGACGUUCUUCGCAAGGAGGUUGCCUUCGCUCGCAAGCCUGUCCAGCGUGGACUGCGCAACAAGCGCGAGAUCCGCUACCGCCGCUCAAUCCUCGUCGAGAUCGACUUUCUCCGUGUCAUGAUGGACGAGGCGCAAAUGCUCGGCGACGCCGUCGGACCGACAAGCGAGACCGCUUCUCUCGUCUCGCGUCGCUACUCCUGGGCCGUCACGAGUACGCCGCUGCGCGACAAGAUCGCCGACCUCAGGCCGCUCCUCACCUUCCUCCGCGUCGAGCCGAUCGCUUCGGGGACAGCAAGUCUGCAGAGGUUGCUCGAUGAGACGGAAAGCUUCCGCCGCCUCUGGAACGAGAUCGGCGAGAGGACGCUCAAGUCGCAGGUUCAGCACGAGUUUGUCCUCCCCGCUCAGCACCGCUACGUCGUCCCCGUCGACUUCAACGCAAUCGAGCGCUUCCACUACGAGGAACGCUACCGCGCCGCGCUGCGCGCCGUCGGCCUCACCGAGGACGGCCAACCUUACAGGACGCCAGGCGAGGAAGACGUGUCGUGGGAGCCGGACAAGGGCGAGCUGCUCCGCGCGCUCACCCUCCUUCGCCAGCUUUGCACGCACCCAGCUCUCGGCCAAGCAAACAAGCAGGCGCUCGGAGGCCGCGUCCUCAAGACGGUCGAGGAGGUCUACGCCGCGAUGAAGCAAGCCGCCGUCCACGAGAUCCAGUCCGCCCAGCGCGCGCUCCUCGAUGCUCGCGUCCGGCGUGGGCAGCUGCUCAUGUGGGACGAGGAGGUCGAGACGCGCUUCGACACCGCGCUCGAGCUUUACAAGUCUGCCAUCGCCGAGAUCGACCCGAUCAUCGACGAGGUGACGAAGGAGAUCCACGACGCCUGGGCUGCCCGCAAGACCGACGCCAACCGCGACUCGCCGGUCGAUGUUCGCGACAAAGGCGUCGCGGGAGCGCUCGAGCUUGGCUUCCGCUCGGUCGAGGGUGCCGACGAGACUGAACUCAUGUCGGACCGCGAGCGCGCCGCGUCGACGAGGAUCGGCGCUCUCCGCAACCGUCUCCGCGACCUACUCUUCGUCAAGCACGCCGCCCUCUUCUUUACCGGUCACGCCUACUUCAACAGCAAGCGCGAGGAGGAGGAGAAGGCGGCCUACGCUGCGGCCGAGCAGCUUCGUCAGCUCAUGACGGGACCGUUCGAAGCUGCCGUCGAGCGCGCUCAGGCGGUUCUCAAGGAGCAACUCGACGCCCGUGACGCCGAAGGCGAACUCGACAUCUCCGACUUUGAGCUCCAGUUCAGCAAGACGAAGCACGGUCUCAUGGCCCGCGAGACCUUUGAAGCGGUUGCGACGACGACAGACCUGCUCAACGGCUACGCCGAGCUCAUCUUCCAGUAUCGCGAGAUGAUCGUCCAGAUGCUCCUCGCGCAAGUCUCGAUCGCGGGCGAAGAUGCGACGGGCGAGGAAUACGAGGAGCGCGCCGUCUUGCAGGAGCGCCUGACCGUCUAUCUCGAGGAGUACACCGUCCUUCUCGGCGAGUGGAGCUACGGCAUCACCGGCACCCGCUCAGCCCUCGGCGACCAGUACAAGGCAGAGGCUGCGUCGUAUCUCUACGACCAGGAGAUCAUCGGCGAGCAGAAGGCUCCGCCGCCGAAGGGCGUCGAGGACGACGUGAUCGAGGAUUACGGCGAUGCGCUUGGCGAGGCUGUCGGUGCCAUCGCGGGGCCUUCACGCAAGCGCGGUCGCAACGCCGCCGACGAAGAGGAGGACGAGGACGAGGGGAACGCCGAACAGGAUGCGGCUGAGGACGCGGAGGAGCAGCAGGAGGCGGAAGAAGAAGAAGAAGCGUACGCGGGCAAGGGCAAGGGGAAGGCGCCGCGCAAGAAGAAGAAGCCUGGACCGAAGUCUCGCUUCCAGCAGAAGCGCUCGGCGAACAAGAAGAAGAGGUCUUACAAGGAGUUCCUCGCGCCGACGAUCGAGUCUGGUCACUCUGCCGAGCAGGUCUUGCGCUACCAGCUCCUCGUCGAGCGACUCGAGUCCAAGGGCGAGGACAACGAGUUCGCCGAGGUCACGCCGAUCCGCCAGCUCAUCAAGGCGCUCAAGGAGGCGUCGGAAAGGAGCGAGUCGGACCGCGAGAUUACUAUCCUCGACCGCGAGCGUGCGAGGCUGCAGAAGAGCCUCUCGCCACUCGAGAAGGUUGCGGACCGCCUUCGUGCCGAGCUCAGCGACUUCACCACCGCAUACAACGCCCGCCUCACCUACUUCGCCAACUUGCAGCAGAUCUCCGACGACGUCCGCGACCCGGACAUGGGCAGCAAGAAGUGGCGCGGCUUGCUCGUCGAGAUUGAGUUGCUGAGGCAGGAUGAGCUCGAGCUCAAGGCCUCUAUCGAGAGCAAGCUUGCUCGCCGCCGCUAUCUAGAGAACCUCAAUAAUCCGGAUGCGCGAGAGGAAGAGGAGACGACUUGCCCGAUCUGCGCAGAGUCCUUCUCGCAAGGAGUACUCACCGACUGCGGCCACCUCACCUGCGCGGCAUGCUUCCGUCGCUGGCAUAGCGUUUCGCGGAACUGCGCGAUGUGCAAGCAGCCUCUCCCGGCUGGAAGCUAUCAGACCGUCUCAUACCGCGCCAAGCCUGCCGCCGCCCAAAACGAAGCGGACGCGCCGCUCGGCAAGGAUCAGUACAUCGACUCACACGGCAUCACCCAGAGCUUCGACACGGUCGCGCCGAAGUUGAACGAGAUCGACGAGUUCAGCCGCGAGAAGAUCCUGGAGAUCCAAACGGCUUCGCCGCUGUCGAGCAAGAGCGACUUCGUCGUCAAGCACGUCAAGUACCUCCGCCGUCGCGACCCGGACGCCAAGGUCGUCAUCUUCUCCGCGUGGCAGGAAGCGCUCUCGUUGCUGAUGGAGGCGUUCACGCGCAACGGCAUCAAGUUCGUCCGCCUCGAAGGCGCGGUCGGCAAGGGCAAGAAGGAGGGCGUUGUCGCGACCUUCCAGAACGACCCGGACGUCGCCGCCUUCUUCCUUCACACGAGGUCGCAGUCGGCAGGCCUCAACUUGACAGCCGCCCGCUACGUCUUCCUCAUCGAGCCGCUCCUCCACCCUUCGCUCGAGCUUCAAGCCGUCGCUCGCGUCCAUCGCAUCACCCAGACGCGCGACACCUUCGUCUUCCAGUACGCCAUCAUCGACUCUGUCGACCGCCGCGUCGCCGACUUGCGUGCCAGGCAAGGCACGUCGCUCUUCCUCGCCGAGCAAGGCCAGGACCAGGAGAAGGAGAGCCGCCUCGUCCAGCAGAAGGACAGGCCGAGCGCCGAGGCGAGGAAAGCCGCUAAGACGGACGAGCUGAUCGACGACGAGGAGGACCUCGCCCGUUGCAUUCUCUCGCCCGACCACUACCUCUCGCUUCAGCGCGCCCUUUUCCCUGCCCGUCUGCGCCAGAACCUCCCGCCUCUUCCCGCCGAGCCGAUGGUCCAUGCCGAGGGAUCAGGAGCGCAGCCUGCGGCAAUGGCUGGCAUUGCGGCGGCAGCGAGGGCGGCCGUCGAGGAGGAGGAGGAGCACAGGAUGGAUGUCGAGGCUGGUCCUUCGGGAAGCGCUUGA